AUGACACACGCACACGCUGACCGCGAACAAAGGCACAGCCACCACGAUGCCGAUGAUUUCGGAGUCCGGAACAAGGCUCAUUUUGACAAGCUGAGCGCGGAUAUAUGGAACAUACCGUGGAUCAAAGCCCUCGGGGAGCAGAUCACGCAAGAACUCAAGAAAGAGGCCGAAACAGGGGGCCUAAACACCAAACCCAGCAACGAGGGCACACGUGCAUACCGUAUGCUCGACUAUGCAUGCGGUAACGGCGUGGUAUCGAGGGCGCUGGCUCCGUAUUUCGGUGACAUUCAAGGCUUGGAUAUCUCAUCGGAAAUGGUAGACCAGUACAACAAGCUUGCUGAGAAAUCAGACUUGUCCAACCAGAUGCGCGCCAACGUCGGCGACCUCAUCAAGGGCUCCGACCAACUCGACGCUCCCGCGUACUCUGGCUUUGACCUCAUCGCCAUGAGCAUGGCGUUACACCACGUGGAGGACCCGGCCCUGAUGAUCCAACGUCUUUCUGAACGUCUGUCCAAGGGUGGUGUCUUGCUGAUCAUCGACUGGGUCAGCCCUGCCGAGAGCGGCUGCCGUGCGUUCACGGGGAUGCACAACCAUCCCGCGCGCCACACAGUCUCGCGCAUGGGGUUUGAGAAGAAGGAGCUGGACGCCUGGUUUGCGGACGCGGGUCUUGAGUCCUUCACUUGGCGAUGGGCAGCGGACAGAUCACCUGCGCCGGAAGACCAAGGUGGUGAUAAGCAGAUGUUCUUUGCCAAGGCGACAAGGCCUUUUUAA